AAAUGCGGGUGUUGUCGAAACGUCAAAUCAUUUUCAUAACAAAAACAAAGUGUUGUUGCCGAGCGGCGUUCAAACCACAAUCCGUUUUAUCUCCAACGAGGCCGAAUGGUGAACCGAAGGUGUGCAUUUCCCGGUUGCCGGAACUUUGCACCUGGCCCAAGCAACCUGUCGUUCUUCCUGGUUCACUCAACCAGGCACAAACAACGCGAUAUGGCCAAGUGGCGCGAAGCCUGCGACGUGACGGAAUUCUGCCCAUCGGCCGUUAUUUGCGAGGAACACUUUGAGAAUGAAGACUUUGUCAAUCCUUGCUACAAAACGCAGGGUCUUCGACCAACGGCGGUUCCGACGCGAAGCCCCAGGUGCCGUCAAGCUCCUACAUUUGAAGUUGUGGACGUCACCAAGCCAGUCGAAGUGGACCGUCCAAUAACAGUCGAUUCAAGCAAACCAGCAGAGAGACCAGUCGAAGCCAUCUCAAACUGUCCCUCCAAGGAUUACUUAGGCCGACCGAGCAAGGUCAAGGUGGACAUGACUCGGCAAAUAAAAAUUAAAAAGUUCAUGGAGGAAUCGCUAGCUAGGAGCGCGAAAAAUUCCGAAGACACCGUGAUGGAGCCACCAAAAAAGCCUAAGAUUACGUCGCUAAGAAAUAUUGGCUGCCGGCUUUGUCUGAUGACCAAAGUUCCGGGAGUGUCCGCUUUCAGUCCUUUCGCCGGAGAGAGCUCCCUGUCGCACAUCAUCGAGACCUGCUUCGGGAUACGAAUUGAGAGGAAUGACUUUUGCACGGUAAUUUGCGGGGAAUGCCUGGUCAAGGUGGAUCUGUUUUGGAAGAUGUACUCUGAGUUUCAAGCGAAUCGGCUGGCGAUAGAGGAAUUGCGUCGAUCUCUUAAAGAUAAGGAGGAAGACGCUAAACAACACUUCCAAGAUGUGCCAGAUUCAGUUGAGCAUCGUCCAGCUAAAAAACGAAAGACAAAGGACAAACCAGUUCCAGACAGCAGUGAUUCGGAUUCCUACAGUAUUCCGGAGCAUCCGUUCUUCAAGACACAGUGCAAAAAGGUUUACCAUUGUCAUCUGUGUCCAAAGCAGCUCAAAAACGAAACCCUACUCAAGUAUCAUUUAACCUACAAACAUCGGGACAGUGACCCAAUGCGGCUCUGCGAAUAUUGCGCCAAAUUUUUCCACAAGCACAAACUUUCCCAACAUCUUCAACAUCACUUCGAACAAAAAAAGAUCAACUGUCCCACGUGCGGUAAAGUAAUAGCCAACGAACGCAAUCUCCAACGCCACAUGCUAGUUCACAGCAACGUGCGACCCUUCAGUGCAAACUGUGCGACAGAAGCUUCUCCCAGUCAUCGAACCUAAAG